CUACGUUGCGCAAGCCCUCCGCCGCGACCCUCUUCGCUCCGCCAACAUCCGUCCUCCGCAGUCAAUCCCUCUCCGGUUCCAGCGCUGCUUCCCUUGCUGCGAAAUCCGCGCGUUUGCCAGCUCCGCCUCCUCCGCCAGUGAGCGGCGCAGCUCCGCCCGGCGCAGCAGGCUCCGGGACGGAUACCUCCGCAAUGGUUGCGGCGGCUGCCGCAGCAGCAGCGGCAGCGGCAGCAGCAUCGGGACUGGGUUCUGGCGCGGGGAUGGCGGAAGCGCAGCCAAUCCCCAUAGCAGCUGCGACCGCAGCUCCCGGCGAAGCAACUCCCCCUUUCCUUCCGCCUACUCCGCACAAGCUCCUCCCCUCACGCCCCCACUUACCCGCCUGAUCCACGCUUCGCCGCUCAUCCAGGAUAUCAGGCUCCUCCGCCGCCCUACGAAAGCGCAGCCGCAGCCUUUCCUCCCCCUGUCCCCCCUAUGGCUCCGCACCCCCCUUUCCCCCGUAUCCCGCCCCCGCCCCAGCCCUUGCGCCCCCGCCUGCACCUGCGCCUGUUCCCCCUGCCAUGCCUCCAGGUGGCGGAGCGGCACUGGUUGCAGCAGCUGCUGCAGUAGUGGACGAAUAUGACCCGGCUAGGCCUAACGACUAUGAGAAAAUUCUAAAGGGAGAGGAAGAGGAAGGCCGUAGAGGAGGAGCGGAGGCGCGAGAUGGAGAGGAGGAGGAGGGAGGAGGAGGAGAGGAGAAGGAGCGGGAGGCGGUGCUGCAGAGACAGCGGGACCUUGAGCUAGCAAUCAAGGCUGAACGUGAGCGUGCGGCUGCAGCCAAGGCGUCAGAGCAGGAGGGAGCCGCAUCAGCGUCUGCCGCAGCAUCUGCUGCCUCUGAGCGCUCUCAGCUGCGCGUCAGUGGGGAGGAGGCCUGGCGCCGCAGAGCCCUGCUCAGCGACGGGUUGACAGCAGCUGAGCGGAUGAUGAUGAAGAUGGGGUGGAAGGCAGGGCAGGGGCUGGGCAAGCAGGAGCAGGGCAUCACCACGCCGCUCAUGGCAAAGAAGACUGACAAACAUGGAGGAGUGAUUGUCGCUGCAAGCCCACUGAAGAAAGGUGGUGGAGGGGAGGGAGGGGAGAAUAAUGCAGCUGGUGCUGGCGGGAGAGGGCGAAGCUGGUGGUGUGCACUGAAUGGCCUCCUUCUAAGGUGGUCCUACUACGGAACAUGGUUGGUCCAGGAGAGGUGGAUGAGGAGUUGGAAGAGGAGGUGGCGGGGUGAGUGUCUCAAGUAUGGGACUGUAACGCGUGUGCUUAUAUUUGAGAUCACAGACCCUUCCUGUCGACCAGUGGAAGCCGUUCGCAUCUUCAUCACGUUUGAUCGAACGGAGUCUGCUACGAAGGCACUUGUCGACCUUGACGGAAGAUUCUUUGGCGGGGGAGAACAGUACGGGCGUGCUUCUUUGAUGAAGAGAGAUUUAAGAAAAAUGAUCUAGCGCCAGGUGCAAAUGAGCCCCCUGUUCCUGACUUCAAGAAAGCCUAGUUUUGCGUGUUUUAGGUUUUACCUUCGUCUUUUAUGAUCUUUUGCAGAGACUAAGUCCCAGCUGUUUGAGACUUGGAGUAGUGCAGCGGAAGUUGAGGCAGUUGAACCCUUGUACUAGUAUGUGAGAACAA